AUGCCGUCAACCUCGUACGAUCUCUCGCACGCACAAACCACGGCGCUCCUGCAAGGCCGGACCGUCGUCGAGUACGCCUCGCUCUUUGGCCCGGCCGCAGACGCGCCGCUCCAAGGCAACGCCGACCCAACACUGCCACGAGAUGGCGAGACGCCGCUGCAUUGGGCGGCCCGGCACCCGUUCCCGAGCCUCGUGGCCACUCUGCUGCAGUACAAGGCCGAUGUCCAUGUCCGCAAUACGAAGGGCAAGUCGGCGCUGGACGUGGCCGUGAAGCGCGGCUACACGGACGUCGUAACCAUGCUCCUCGAGGCCAAGGCAAGCGUCCAGGAGGCCAACCGCGAUGGGUGGACGCCGCUGCAUGUCGCUACGUACCACGGCUACACGCUCAUCGUGCGCCUCCUUCUCGACGCGGGUGCCGACGUAAAUGCAACUACUACCGCGGGCGACACGCCUCUGCACGUGGCAGCGCGGUAUGGCCACGACAGCAUCAUCGAAGUGCUGCUCGCGUGCGGCGCCAGCACGUACAUGUACAACCACAGCCCGACGACGGCGCUGCACUGGGCGGCGGCGGAGGGCCAUGCUCCGAUCGUCGAGAUGCUUUUGGAGGCCGGCGCCGACACGGACCCGGUGCAAGCCACGGACUUGUGGACGCCGUUGAUGCUGGCGGCCGCCCACGGCCAUAAUGCGGUCGUAGAGAGCCUACUGCGUCGCUACGCCAGCAUUUUUUGACGGAUGCGGAGGGCAACACGGCACUUUUG